AUGCGCUCGUUUCGGGGAUCCAUACCCUGGUUAAUUUCGUCGACCACGCGGAAGGGCGAUGCGGAGAGAGACUGGAGGGCCAUGAGGUAGAAGAUGGUGCUGACGGCGCGUUCACCACCGGACUGGCGGUGCGAAUCCAGCAGGGAAAGGUUUUCGUGUUCGCGGAAUUUGACGUGGAUUUGAAUCGACCAUUGGUCGAAAUCGCUGUCACCUGGUUCGCCGUUCGGACCAGUCUCUUCGGCCUUGUCCAGGGUGACUUGGCCGGCGCAGCCGAUGCGGGCGAACGAGUCGGAGAAGGCGUCGCUGAUGCUCUUGAUGAUCGAGUCGAGCUUGGGUUCCCACCGGCCGCGGAUUUCGUUGAUGGCGUGGUUGUAGUCGUCGAGCUUUUUCUGGAAGUCGGUGAGUUUGUCACGCAGCUUGUCGAUCUGACGUCCACGUUCUUCGAAUUCUUUGAUCACGUUGCUGUUUCCGCCGUGGGUGAGUUCGAGACGAGCCUUUUCGGAGUCAAUGUCGGCCUCGAGUUGCUCCAUUGUCUGAUCCUUGAUGGUGUGUAAUAGGUCCGCUAGAUCGGGCUGUUGUUGUGAGAGGUUGGCGACUUUCACGGCGUCCUCUUGCAGCUUCUUGACCGUUUUGCCUAUGUUCUUGAUUUCUUGGUUCGCCUCUUUCAGUUCAUCGUGCUUGGCUUCCAGCGUCUGCCGGUGUUCGACGUUCCGAGCUUUCAAGACUUCUAGGUCUGAGACACCUUCGAUAUGCCGCACUUUCAGCUUGAUGACCUCUUCGUGAAGUUUUUGGAAGUUUUCAACAGCGUUCUAUCUUCUGUCAGUAACAGGACUCUUAAUUAUCCCCUGGUGAACUUACAGCAUAUUCAAUGACGGCUUCAGCCUUGCGAAGGGAUGCCUGAUCUUGCUCACUACGGAGUUUGGCGACUCGCGUUCUCAUCUGUUCGAACAUUUUCUGGUUUUCCUUCUGCCUCGCUUCUUGUUGGCGUAUUCUCUCCGGAAUCGCCCUGAAUUGUGUCAGGGCUGUCUGCUUUUCUCCCUUCUCCCGCUCGAGCUCGCUCUGCUCCUGUUUGAGAUCAGUGUGCUUCUGACCGAGCUGUUCCAGCCUGGCCUUUUCACUGUUUAUCUGCUCUUGCACUUCCUGCACUUCGCCUUUCAAUGUACGAAUUUUCUGUGUGACUGCUUGUCUCUCUGACGCAUCCACUGGUUGCGACGUCCAGACUCUGGCUGGCCUCAGAGGC